AUGACAUCGGCCGCACAACGACGUUCGAGUUCGAAUAGAAAUCCAGUACAGGACUUGAGGAAAGAACUUGACCUGGCGCUGCAGGCAGCCUGUCCUGCUGCGUGGCUGGAUUUCCUCAAACCCAUCCGCCGCAGCCAGGGUUACGAUGGGAUAUGGGAGCUGUUUGAGUAUUUACUGGAGAGCGGAAGAAUAGAUGUACUCAGUCGAAGCGAUGCACAAUUGCUCCGUGAUGAAAUCUUGACCGCUGCCUUGAGCAUCGAUUCCCGCCUGACUUCUCUUGUCGAUUCGGCGCUUCGUCUUCUCACCCAGUCGGGCUUUUCCUGGCCAGGGUUAUACCAGAAAGUCAUGCAUUACAAGCUCGAAAAUGACAAGUUUGAAGACAGCCUUCGAUGGCAUCUAGCUCUUGUGCCAAAGUUUCCCCCGUCGAUGGAUGUGUUUGGGGCCUUGCUCGCAAGCCAUGUCGUCAACCCGUCGCCGCAGAUGCAAAGCAGCCUGAGAGCACUUUACAUUGUUGGUGGGAAAAGGAAACUAUACGACCAUAUAAUUCCUGUGCUUUUCGAGACCGGUUUAUCGAAUUUAGCCCGCAUAUGGCGCAAGAAGCUGCUGAUAUUCGGGGACUUUCCUGUAGACAGAAAAUCCAAGCCAUUCCUUCAGUUCCUUGUCCGAUAUUACCCAUCCAUCGUUCUCACAACGCACGAAACCGCGGUUUUGCAAGGCGGGCCUGAAACUUCGGCACAGCCAGAUCCCCCCCAAGCCAGCACCAACAACAACGGCUCCGACAAAGGCCAGUACAGCGAUGGAAUUGUGGCAAGGCUUUUUGCCAGCUCCUGGACAUCGAUUGAGUUCGCCAUUCAUCUGGCGCAGAAGCUCGGUCUUCGCGAGAUAGGCCCCAGGUCCCUGCAGUCUCUCGCACUGCGAGAGACGGACGCGAAAUCGAUUUCCUGGCGGAUCAGUUGCAUCCAGAAGUUGGGCAUCAGCAUUUCACCCCAAACGUACUGCAAAGCAGUUGUAUUCUUCGCCAAUAACGGAGACGACCUGCUGUUGAAGGAACUGCUGGCUUGCGACAUUCAUCCAGACGAGUUUGAUAGUGUUGGAAGACGUCGAAUGCUCAUGACUGCAUCCGUGCGGGAAGGGCACUGGAGAAGAGAAAGGUUGAUGCAGGGUGUCGAACUGGCUAUCGAGACCGACUCCCUCACGGGCCGAUUAAAUGCACUUCUGGACCAGGCACUGGCCGAGCGCAGAAUGGACCUGGCUAGAGGCGUACUUGAUCGCAUGGAAGCAAUGAAAGUCAACCUGAGCCAGCAACAUGCGGGUCUUUUGCUCGAGGAGGCCUUUUCGAGACUGGGAAAGCAUCCUAAGCGAAGCACGCGUGCAAAAGAGCAUGCUCUCGCAGAUUCCAAGUCUCCACUGAACAGGGCUAUUGACAUGAUUCGCCGAGUGGCACUUCACGAGGUUCCCAUACCGAUACGGUACUGGAAGCUGUUGCUUUACAACCUCGGACGUCUCGGCCGGCUUGAUGAACUUGGGCAGCUAUGUGAGGAAAUCGUGCAGAUGUACUCUCCUCGCAUGGGCGGUCUGAUGCCAGUUCACCCUGAAGACCUUCCACCAAACACCUUCCAACCAGGACUCCCCCCGAGCAACGCUCAUCUUCCAGACCAUCCGACGUCGACGCAGUCGGAGCCUCUUGAUGAAAAUCAGGAAACGCCCACCCCGCCCGGCGGCCCUGAGGUGCAGACAGCAGUGACUUGGCAGCCGAGCGAUGGAAUGCCAGAGGAUGCAUCACCGGACGCCCAACGGCGCUUGGAGGGGCGUAUUCCUGCAGAUCUACCUUUUCGCCACCGGCAGCACCCGGUCCAAAAGAUAUUUGACCGGAAGCUGCAGCGAUCCAUCAUCCGUUGGGGUUUUGAUCAGACUCUGGGUACAAGGUGCAGAUCUGCUUCAUUUUUGGACCCUUCAGGUGGAAUCUCAUCGUUUGACGUAGCGAGUGGCGUGAGGCUGCUGGCUUGUCUCCGGGACCAAGGCGUUCUUAUUGACUGCCAAGCACUUCGGUCCGCCGCACUGGCGAGGAUUGCAUUGAGGCAGAUGCCCGGGCAUCCGAGGGAAAAGUUUCGAGACAGGCACGAACUAUCCCUACAGCGCAUGAAGGUCCUGGUUGAUCAAGCUUGGGGUUCGGAAAUUCUUCCUGACGUGAUUAGCAUGGCGCAUCUGAUUGGGAAACAGCAGCCGAAACUCUGGAUCAGAUACUCGAAACUGUUGGGCCAGUUCUAUGACGACGAGAGUCCUCGGAAGUAUGGCAAGAUGGGCUGA